UCACGCUUUUAUUUUGCCUUAGGAGAAGCUUAGUGAUCAUGGACUUCGGCUCUUGCCUGCAGUGAUCCUGUUCACAUUUUAUUCUUUGCACAGAAUAGGAAGGAGGUUUGCUCGCUUUGCGCAGAAGCUGAGCUACAGGAGAAAGCAGAGCCAAUGUGAUUUAUUGAAUGAAAGCACUGGACACUUCCCAGCAACUUGUUCCUCUGCUGCCUCAAACAGCUUAAGCUGGAACUGCCGCUCGAAAAUGACCCAACAAAUGCAGAAUUUACAUCUUUCUCAGUCAAAAAAACACAGCGUGCCAUCGUCUCCCAAUGCUGCCAAGCGCCUGUACAGGAACCUCUCGGAGAAGCUGAAGGGCAGCCACUCGUCCUUUGACGAGACCUAUUUUAAAACCAGAACGGAUCGGCUGAGUCUCAGAAAGACAUCCGUGAAUUUCCAGGGCAAUGAAGCCAUGUUUGAGGCAGUUGAGCAGCAGGACCUAGAUGCCGUGCAACUCCUACUCUACCAGUAUACACCAGAAGAACUAGAUCUGAACACACCAAACAGCGAGGGACUGACACCCCUGGACAUUGCCAUCAUGACCAAUAAUGUGCCCAUUGCUAGGAUUCUUCUGCGGACAGGAGCCCGAGAAAGUCCACACUUUGUCAGCCGGGAAAGCCGAGCCAUGCACCUCAACACACUAGUCCAGGAGGCCCAGGACAGGGUGAGCGAGCUGUCUGCCCAGGUGGAGGACGAAGGCUUCACUCUGGACAACACCGAGAAGGAGAAGCAGCUGAAAGCGUGGGCGUGGAGGUACCGGCUCUACAGACGCAUGAAAACCGGCUUCGAGCAUGCCAGAGCCCCAGAGGUGCCAGCCAGUGCCUGUCUCAUGGUAACCAGCAGCACAUCCCUCACUGUCAGCUUCCAGGAGCCCCUCAGUGUCAAUGCGGCUGUAGUGACCAGGUACAAAGUGGAAUGGAGCAUGUCUAAAGACUUUUCCCCUUUGGCUGGGGAGAUCAUCAUGGACAACCUACAGACCCUGCGGUGCACAAUCACAGGCCUCACCACGGGUCAACAGUAUUUUGUUCAAGUCUCAGCUUACAACAUGAAAGGAUGGGGACCAGCUCAGACCACAACGCCGGCGUGUGCCUCUCCCUCUAACUGGAAAGACUAUGACGACAGAGAGCCCAGACACAAGGGACAGAGUGAAGUUCUGGAGAGCCUGCUGCAGCAGGUCCGAGCCCUUCAUCAGCACUACAGCUGCCGGGAAAGUUCAAAAUUGCAAACCACGGGCCGCAAGCAGUCAGUUUCAAGGAGCCUGAGACACCUAUUCCAUUCCUCAAACAAGUUUGUGAAAACCUUAAAACGAGGACUCUACAUAGCUGUUAUAUUUUAUUAUAAAGACAAUAUGUUAGUCACCAAUGAAGAUCAAAUACCCAUUGUUGAAAUAGAUGACUCUCACACCAGUUCUAUUACACAAGAUUUUCUGUGGUUCAUGAAGCUGUCCUGUAUGUGGGAAGACAUAAGGUGGCUAAGGCAAAGUGUGCCCAUCUCCAUGUCCUCAUCCACAGUGCUGCAGACUCGGCAGAAGAUGCUUGCUGCAACCGCCCAGCUACAGAAUUUACUUGGAACACACAACUUGGGAAGACUUUACUAUGAGCCUAUUAAAGAUCGCCAUGGCAACAUCCUCAUAGUCACCAUCAGAGAAGUGGAGAUGCUUUAUUCCUUUUUUAAUGGCAAAUGGAUGCAGAUCUCAAAACUGCAAAGCCAGAGGAAGUCCCUGUCAACUCCCGAGGAGCCAACAGCCUUAGAUAUUUUACUAAUAACCAUUCAGGAUAUUCUCUCCUAUCACAAAAGGAGUCAUCAGCGCCUCUCUCCUGGACUGUAUCUAGGUUACCUAAAGCUAUGUAGCUCUGUGGAUCAGAUCAAAGUGCUCGUAACCCAAAAGUUGCCCAACAUUCUCUGCCAUGUGAAGAUCCGUGAAAACAACAACAUCUCCAAAGAGGAGUGGGAGUGGAUCCAGAAGCUCUCUGGCUCUGAAUCUAUGGAAAGUGUGGAUCAUAAUGCUGACUGCCCCGUGCAAUUGUUCUUCUACGAGCUCCAGAUGGCAGUGAAGGCUCUCCUGAAGCAGAUCAGUGUACCUCUCCACCAGGCAAGGAACUUCCGCCUCUACACACAGGAGGUGUUGGAAAUGGGUCACAAUGUGUCCUUUCUUCUCCUGCUCCCUGCCUCAGACGACGUCUGUACAGCCCCAGGACAGAAUAAUCCUUACACCCCGCAUUCAGGGUUUCUUAACCUCCCUCUUCAGAUGUUUGAACUCGUUCAUUUUUGCAGCUACAGAGAGAAAUUUAUUAGUCUGUAUUGCCGCCUUUCUGCUGUGGUGGAGCUGGACGCUCUGAAUACCCAACAGUCCCUGAGGGAAGCGAUCUCAGACAGCGAGGUUGCAGCUGCCAAACAAAGACACCAGCAAGUGUUAGACUUCAUUCAGCAAACAGAUGAAGUCUGGCGGGAAAUGAGGUGGAUCAUGGAUGCUCUACAGUAUGCACGAUACAAGCAACCUGUCUCUGGCUUGUCAAUCACUAAGCUGAUAGACCCCUCCCAUGAGCAGAAUCUAAAGAAGAUCAGUUCUACAUCAUCACAUAUUGACUGUCUUCCAUCAACAUCCCCAUCCCCAGAGAUGCACAGAAGAAAGGCAGUGAGCGAAUCACAGCCCUGCUCCGAUGAAGAAGGCUGCUCAGAAGUCUUCCUCCCCACUGACAGUGACUAUGACUCCAGUGAUGCCCUGAGCCCACGAGACCUGGACCUGGUUUACCUGUCAUCACAUGACAUCGCCCAGCAGGCCCUCAGCGGCUUGAGUGGCAGUGCCCCAGAUGUCCUACAGGUGCAUGACAUGAAGGCCUCCAUGGGGCCUGGCCAGGACCCUCAAGGCCCAGUGCAGGGCCCAGACACCGACCACUCAUGUGCAGAGUUUCUCCAUAGCCUGACCCUCACAGGCUUGACAGCCAAGAACCACUCCAAGAUGGUGCCAGGCACGCGGCCACCUCUAGGCUUCCUGGGAAAGCGGAAGCCAGGCAAGCAUCAGCACUAUGGUGGCUUUAGCCGCCACCACCGCUGGCUGCGCAUGCACAGCGAGACUCAGUCACUGUCGCUCUCGGAAGGCGUUUAUACACAGCACCAGUCUAGGGCCUGUGGCCUGGCUCAAAAUCCUGGGGAAGCAGAGGGGCCUGGACCUGUGGUGGAUGGGCCCCGGGGCAUGCCUCUGGCCCACGCGGCCAGCCUCCCAGAGGAACGCAGGAGCUGCCUCCAGGACCCAAGGCGUUCUAUGCACAGAGUCUAUGUGGAGUCCUACCCCAACACACUGGUGGGCCAGGACACAAAACUGUGGACCGGUUUGAGCCCUACCCCAGCAGGCCGAAGCAGCCUGCCAAGCUCCACUAGUUCAGAGAUGAGUCCAGACCCCACAUCCCCGGUUUCAGAAAUACUGAGUAGUAUGCUUUAGGUUGGCUCUUGUUGUCUAUCUAUUGUGCUCCCGACCCUCCACCCCAUCCCCCCCCACCUUAUCCCCGGUUAUAUUCCUUGCAUUUCCAUCACCAUAUCCUGCCCCAUUGUGUCCCCCAUCUAAUUCAAAAUUCUUGAAAGCUAGAAAUUCAAAGGUUACAUGUACAAGGCUCUCUUUUAUUCCCAAGUGGGGCACAGGAUAGGGGAGUGGGGGAGGCUAAAGUUGUCACUACCAUUUCCUCCUCACCCUAGAAAACAUAUGGUAUCUGAGAGCCAGGAUGCAAAUAUAUAACUCUUUUGGUGGCACCCGUGGCUGCGAUAGGCCAGCUCAGGGAGGACACUUAAUUCUGUAACUGUCUCCUUAAUCUCAACCCUGGGCUUGGAGUUCUUUUGCGUGUUUGUGGUUAAGGAAGAAGUACAGUCAGUGAGAAUAAGAAUGGCUUAGCUUUUCCUGCAAAUUCAAACUUUCAAAAAAGUUUGGUGUAAAGAAACCCAUGUUAUGUCUAGAGAGCAAGGGGUCAAGUAGACUUGUGCUGGGUUUUCUCUCAACUAACAGGACUUCUAAAGUACAGGGUUCUCAGGACUCCCCAAGCCCCAUUUAUCCAUCAACAUUCACAUGGUUAAGUGGGCCUUGGAUAGACCUUUUCUUCACUUGGUGUUAUGUGGAGAACACCAGAAACCAAAGUAGAGGACACUUCUUUUCUAGCCCUGUUUUGCAAGAUAAAAUAGGGCAGGGAGCAGCCCUUCUGGCACGCUCAGAUCCCAUCCAGUCGUGACAAUGAACAGUAAAUUAUUCCAGAGAUGACUGAGUUAAGUGAAAGCCUGAAUUAUAGCAAUGGAAGGGGAAAGAGAGAAGAACUAAAAUCCUUCUCCUUUACAAUAAAUCAAAUGGGUCCAUGCUGACUGAAUAUACCAUUUAGAAUGCCAGUGGGUCUGCCCCAUAUUUUUCUGAGGAAGAAUGUGUCCCAAAUAUGGUCAGGUAGUGGUAGGUUCCUCUAAGUACCACAGGCUCAUCCGUCACCACCACAUAACUGGUCAAGACUGUUUAGGGCUAGGGUGACUACCCUCCACUUUCACCCUGCUCUUUACAACAUGGGUUCCCCUCACGCCCCUCUCCCAAGGUCAUCUGGCACCAGGCUACAUGGGAAAUCUUUCCUUAGUAGCCUCUGCUGGUAGUUUAUGCCAAGCAUGUGCACAAUAACACCGGAAACGCUGCUUUAGUCACACUGUCUCCUACCUGAAAUUCUCAUAGGUGAGAAGCUCAAAAAGAAACCACACUGCAUAUUCAAGAAAGGCGCAGUUCUCCUAGGGCCAAGACCCGUUCAGUUCACCAGUAUUUUAAAUGGUCCUUUUUCUACAUAACAGGCCUCUCAGUUAACUAGUGUUCUUUGUUAUCCUGUUCCUGUCCUCAGCCCUUACUCCUCCAGAAAGUUCAUACAAACCACAUGUUUACCAUGUUGUUCUGAUUCUCUCUGUUUAAAAAAAAAGAUUUAAAUAUAACUACCCCAUUCAAAAGGCAUAGCUUGGGCCAGUGACCUGUGGUCAUUAGAAAACUAUAACCAUGAUCUCAGUCUUUUUUUUUUAAAUAGAUUUUAUGCUCAGUGAACCCACAAAGAAUCUUGAUUAAAAUGUCUGCUGGGCAUAGUGACACCCACCUUUAAACCCAGCACUUGGAAGGCAGAAGCAGGUGGAUCUCUGUGAGUUCGAGGCCAGUCUGGUCUACAGAGCAAGUUCCAGGACAGUCAGGGCUGUUACACAGAGAAACUGUCUCAGAAAAUAAAAUAAAUAAAAUAGAUAAAUACAUAAUAAAAUGUCUAGAGUUUCUCUGCCAUAUCCCAGUGACUUAUGUAUAUGGAUGGAAUGAGGCUUUGUAUCUUAAGACCUCGGCCUUACAAGUAGGCCAGCUAAGACUCAAGAGGUUAAAUAAUUUACUGAAGGUUGCAAGAACUGACUUCAUGUCAGAAUUAAAACUUAGAAACGCCUCCUUUUCAAAUUGCUGCAAACUUUGUCAACUAGUGCUUGUCUAGUAUGCUUUCUUUAUUCCAUAAAAUCCAUCUACUUCUUAUUCCAGAUUUGAAUAUGUGUUCAACCCUUACCUAACAAGUGUCCAACAUCACAAAGCUCUUUAUUGCUAGGGAACACAAAUCUUAUCAACAGACAUAUAAGAUAAGUCAACUAAUUAAAAAGCAAGUUUAGGGGAAAUGUCCAUUCAAAUUGUAGCCCCUCGUUAAUAAUAGGAAUAACAGAGUUGUCUGCACUUGGUUUUCACUUACUUCUCAUCAGAAGAGAAAUUGUUCAGCCUGAAGGCACUUGUAAGAUGAGCUGUUAGAAGUGUCAAGGACAGAGAAGUCAAGCGAUGCUGAUCCUGGCAUACGGGGUCUGAAAUAGAGGGAGGAUCUUCAACUAGGAGUAAGAACAGAGACUUACCCGCUCUGCUAGUCUUUCAUUUAGCAAGUUCUGGCUUACUAAACCCAAAUGCAUUAAAGUAAGACCUACUCAUUUAUAUUGACAUUACUUGGUUCUAUUUUCCAUGAGAAAGAGAGGCGUGUCCAUAGGAUGGAUAACGUGCAAUAGAUCUCAAUAGACAUGCUUAAUUCAACUGAAAACGUAUUUCGCCAGCAACAUUCCCACAUAAAACGUUUAUGCUAUAGCCCCAAUAACCACCUACUUGUUCAAAUAAUCAGGUUCAUCCUACCCCACUUUGAAAAACUUAUGGACCCAGUUGAAAUUAAUAUGUUGUGGGAAAAAUGACUGUUCUCUAAUUCAGUUUUAUAUCCAUUAAAUUUGAUGACAUACACAUCAGGAACAUAGACUAUCUAUGAUAUCUUGUUUUAUUUUAUUGCCUUUCUUUUAUUUUGUAUAUAAUGAAUGUACUUCUGUUCUUUUCAAAUACAGUCUAAGAGACUUUUGAGGAAACUUCCCUAUCCCAAGUCUCUUUCCCAGUUUUUCCUAUCCUUUGUGAAGAUUCCUAAAAGUCAAAAAUGUGGCCCUCCCAUGAAUUUUUAUGUUCUAAGAAGGACAGAGAGAACCAAAAAAUCAAUAGCAAAAACAUAUUCCUAGACCACAGAGAGCUCACAAUCUAAUAAUGUAGCCACACACUAACCAUACAUCAUCUCAUGAAUAUAUUGAAGAGGCAGCAGCCUGUUGUAGAUAGACAGGCAUCACAUGCCUGGCUAGAGAUCUCUAGCUGCACUCCCGCUGUCUAUUCAUGAGAGAGUACAUCUUAGAAAAUGAAGCUCAUUUUGUGAAAAUGUAAAUGCAACCACUUACAAAGCAAGGCUGUCACAUCCUCUAACUGGUGAGGGUACCCGGGGCACAGUAAUUAAAACCAUUAACUCCAGGGAAGGGGUAUUUUGAGAAGUGGGUACUUAAAGAUGAGCUCCGUUGGGUUCUAAGAACAUUCACUAAUGCUCAAAGCAAUAAUUAUACUGAAGAAAAUCGUUCCAUUUGGUUCAAAACCUGAAGCCAGUUACAAAUAAUAUCCUGCCAGCCCCCCUUUCCUGAAGGAUCCCAAAGCACUUUAUGAACAGCAAUGACUGAAGCCUUGUUGUAUUCCCCUAAAGAGACCUUGUCUGGGAGCCACCUGGCUAACACCUACCCCAUCCUUGCCAGGAGAUCAUGCCAGACAAGUGGGAAAAGAGACUGACCUCAUUCAUUGUUAUUCUGACAUACAAACGUGUACCCUGAAGAAGGUGAGCUCUCCCCUCUCCCAGAAGACAACUUUUGGACCAUAAAGUGGAGCAGAAAACCCAACUCCUUGGCAUCUUCCUGCUCUGCUCUCUACCCAAGAUGUAUUUGUGGUCCCAGAAAACUGUUACUUCAGGCUGUCAAGGGUCUGGCGCAUUUCAGAACCGUGAUCCUGACACUAGCACAGGGAAGUCACUAAUUUCAGAAAAUGUCUACAGGAGUGAGAGGACACUAGAAUCUAUAAUUUCUUAGUUUACUAAGUAGGAGCUGCACCUAGCAGUGUGCAUCUUUAUGUAUCUGCUUAUUAAACUAUAAAAUACCAAUUACAGGGGGUAGUUGUGGAUUAAUGAGAACAUCUUAGCAAAUGUAUCAUUUCAUAAAGUCUAGUUUUCCAGAUGAUUCAUUGAAGCUUCCUUGUAUACCUUUUAAGAACCAUGUAAGGAGAAAAACUAGUUGGAAAGCAAUGGUGUCUCUUCAUAAGUAGUUUGGUAGAUAUGAAAAAAAAUAUCUUUGCUGAUCACUUCUUAUAAGAUGCCCAAACACAUGGCUCAUGACUGUUAAGCUAAACUUCCAUGCAGCCUUACAAACAACAAGAGUAGUGUAUAAAACGAUGUUGUAUAGCUUGGAAACUUAUUCUAAGAUCUUCAUUCAGAGUUUUUCUGAGGUGUUGGACUUUGCCAUUAGCAAAAAGUAUUUUUAGAGAAAAAUCCAUUGACUGUUUAUGAAGCACUGAUUUUUGCCAUAUUUCAGGUCUCUGGUUUUUCCACAGAAUCUGCACACAGUAGUUACAUUUGUGUUUCAGCUGUAUCUUCUGCUUUUAUUGGUGGAUGAAUUUGUCCAAUGGUUAUUCAUCAGGAUAAUUGGUUUACCCCGCAAAUAAAUGAAUAAGCAGAUUAAAAAAAAAGACAAAGUUCUAUCUUGAUAAAGGAAGUAGAAGUUUUGUUACUGUUGUUGUUGUUUUAAAUAUCACCCUGAGGUCUUUUUUUCCUAAUUGUAAACAAAAGCCAAUGUUUAACUUAGUGGCAAGAGUUAUGAAGCUGCCAGUUAAUGCUCUUUGCCCCUCUUCUUUCAAUCCAUAUGAAAGUCUGAUUAGAUCCCUAUAGUAACCAUUACUGAACAACUAAUUGACAAAGCCAAGUCUGGCAGCAUAGUGUCAUCUGAGUUUCCGUGUUGUUUCUUGCCUUGUGACAAAUCAGAUGUGUGGGGAUAGUUCAUGCACAUCAUCCAGAAGUAUUCUUGAUGUUUAUAAUGGAAAAAGGAUUAAAGUGUGUGUGUGUGUGUGUGUGUGUGUGUGUGUGUGUGUUAUAAUGUAUGUGGUGUUUCAUAGAAACAGUAAUUGACAUUCUAUUAGGCAGUGUUUGAUUGCUUCCUGCCUGAUGUAAGGAUUAAAGUGUGUGUGUGUGUGUGUUUGUGUGUGUGUGUUUGUGUGUGUGUGUUUGUGUGUGUGUGUUUGUGUGUUAUAAUGUAUGUGGUGUUUCAUAGAAACAGUAGUUGACAUUCUAUUAGGCAGUGUUUGAUUGCUUCCUGCCUGAUGUAUACAUACUGAUCAGCAGAUUAUUGGUUCAAAACUUAUUGUAUCCUGUUCCUCUGUAUAAAACUGAGUAUAUGUUAAAAUUUAGGCUUCAGUACAUUCUCAGCACAACUUUGUGUGCUUUAUACUUCUGUAAAUAUACAAAUGAAUCCUGUGUGGCAUGCUCAAUGUGACCUCUAAUCUCAAAACAAUAAUAUUUUGUAGUAUGUACAUUUGGAAACCAUUUGAAUCUUUCAAAUGGAUAUUGUGAAUGGCCAGCACACUCAGUCAAACACAGCUCUGGUGAAACACAUGCCUCUUCAGGAAGAAGUCAGCAAUUAACAAGAAUUAAGAUAAUUUUUAAUGGCAAGUAUUUUUGAUAAAUUCCUACCUGCUUCACUGUAUUUUCAAGGAAAAAUGUCAACAUAAGAAAUCGUAGCUGUCUGAGGGAAUGGAUUUAUUUCAUAUGUGUUAAAUGUACUUGAUGUCUUACCACAAUAUUGUUGAGAUCUAUGUCAAGCAUAAAGAACUCAAAAGCAUUUUCCAUUCUUUACAUGAUCUUUUUUUUUCAUGUUUUAAGGGCAGCUUGUGAACUCUUUGUCUUUAGUGUGAAGAAAUGUCCAUCAAUAAUAAACUAAUAGAAUUCUCAGUAGUUGGCUUACCUAAUGCUUUGCCAUGGCUUUCAUUGAAGACCCCUCCCCUCCAGAAAAAAAGAAAAAGUCUUCAAUCUGAUGUGUUAAAAUCUUCUCACUAAAAAUUUAGAAGCUAUUAUUUUGGAUAUUAUUUUGCCAAAUGUCAGCAACAGCACCCAACUGGCUCUAGAUUAAUUGAUAGCAUCGGGACAUUUCUAUUACCUAAUUUAUUACUGCCAAGUAUUGAAAAUACAGCAUCAAAUUACUAUGGUAAAUACUCCCAUUAGGAUGCAGCUUGGCUGUGGGAACCUCUUUGCUUCCUCUUCUCUAUGCAUGUUUAAACAUCCCCAGGGUAUUCUGCAUAACUGCUCUAUCUCUGAUGCUCUAUCUGUCCCUUCUAUCUCCAUCCCUGCAAGCCUCCCCACCCCCAAUGCCUUCUGGCUGAGAUUUGACAUUUCUGCCAUAUUUAAAUGCCUAUAUCGAUUAUUUCAAUCCUAAGAACCUGCACAAAAGUUCUCCUGAAUCUCCAAGAAAUGGAAACUUACUGCUUUGAAUCAUAUUUUGUUUUAGGCUGCUUUACUGAAAUCUUUUCAACACAUAUGUAUAUGUGUGUAUAUGCACAUGCACACACACACACACAUACAUACACACACACACACACACACACACACACCUACCUUUUAGUGGCAUGUUUGUGGUGGAGCUUUCCUAAAAGCCUCAAAAGGCUGGUUUUGUUAUUCUGGCUAAAUGUGCUGUUUUCCCUGUAUAAAUUGUCAUCUAAGUAAACCACUAAUUUGUUUUCUUAAUUCUGCCUUUAAAUAAAAGUUUGCCUUCUUUUUCAAACCA